AUGUUACCAACCCCGGAUGUCUGCCAUAACUGUGACCAUACGGAUCUUUCCAAUCUCUACGUAUGCAAUAGUCGCGCCUGUGGUGCGAACACUGCGUACUGUGACGAAUCUUGCACUGAAUGUCUGAAAGAAUUGGAACUAUGCGGGGGUGAAAACACUCAGAUCUCCUGCUGGCAGAAACAUGUACCUCGGAGGCUUGCUACCACUCACCAAAAGCAGCCAGCACGCGAUCAAGUUCGUAUCAACGAAGUGUUUUAUUGCGAGAAGAAUCCGGAGAAACAAAGCGAACUCCAUGCAAAGGAUAAGGAGGCUAGAUGGUUUAUGGUUGAUCCUAAAACUGAUCAGCUGACAGGGGAUGGCAUAUUGCGUGUGACCGAUAGAUUCGAAGAAUUACUACAGUCGAGAUCGGAAGAUAGCUCGAAACAAUUUCCAAGUUUGGUAUCUUUUAUUGGCGAGACCGGUACUGGCAAGUCGACAUUAAUAAGUGCGUCCAUCAAGUUCUUCUCAGGCCAUGCGCAUGCGCAACAUUCAGAAACGCUCGAAACCCCGGUUACUCGAUUGGAAGCCGCAUCUUCGUUGACAUGCCCUACUAGCUCUGGCGUUCAUCUCUACAAAGAUCCGGCAACGUUUGCAUCGUCGACGCCUAUUCUAUUCGCGGAUUGUGAAGGAUUUAAUUCUGGGGCUGGGUUGCCUACUUCCCACACCGCAUGGGAUAGCGAUGGCGAUAAAGUGGCUCGGGCAAUCCGCAUCACUUCAUCCACAUACAGAAGCACCAGUCGACAGCUCGCCCUCUCCGAUAAGAAUACAGACCUUUACUCGAGAUUUCUUUACGCCUUCAGCGAUGUUGUCUGUCUAGUUACAAGAAACGCCCAAAAGAUUUCUAAGGAGAUCUCAGACCUCCUCUUGUGGGCGUACCGAGGACUUCGGGCAUCCAUCAACCAAGUUCAGGCAAAGACUCUCAUCAUCGUUCUCAACGCACCCAGUCCUGAUCAUAGCCCCAGUUUGAUGGAUCCGAGCGCACUUCACAAAUUCAUCUUCGAUAAGAUGCCUAAAGUUUGGGAUGACUUGGAAGAAUUGAGAGAAGAGCGAAAAAGGUUGAACAAAACUCUUCCCAAUGAAGAUGAAAUCAAUUCUACAGAAUCAUUCAUCUUGCGAUACUUCCAGAACAUCCGUGUCUGUUAUAUUCCAACAAAGGGCAGUGCCAAGGCAGACGAGAUGCACGCUCAGUGCAAUCUACUUCGACAACAUAUUACUGAAAGCGUGGAUAAGACAUCAAAGGAGAAAGAUGAAUCUUGGACACGUUAUAGUAUCCGGGACCUAUCACAAUUACUCAACCAGGCGUUUGAACAUUUCGCAACAGAUGACACACCAUUCGACUUUUACAAAGCCACAAGAAAAGAUAACCCAAACCCACUAAGCAUGCAGGAUCACAUAAUGAACAUGCUACGUAAUCUAGAGAUGACGAGGAAUAGUGAUUUGAUCAAUUACUUUCCAAAGCUUGUCGCUUCAAGCAUCCUGAACAAUUGUCUCCGUGGAGGUGGUCCAGAUGUUAUUGAACGGGAGAUUGAAAUUGGUGAAUGCGUCUUUUGUGGUGAACGCUGGGGGCAGAUACAGCGUAUCCAAACAAAACAUCCAUUCUCGGGAGUCCGAAUUCUCACCCUGGACGGUGGUGGAAUCAGGGGUAUAUUGGAAUUAUUGAUGUUGAGGGAGAUUCAAAAACGGGUUGGACUGGAUAUUCGCGUUGACCAAUUCUUUGAUUUGGUGGUCGGCACAAGUACAGGGGGAAUCAUAGCCUUGGGCCUCUUUGUGCAGAUACUAAGCAUAAAAGAUAUGCUAGAAAAGUUCGAAGCCUUAUCUGUGCGUACAUUCACACAUACUCGGGGGCCCCAGUUCGAGGUUGCGCAAAGGGUGUUCCAUACUUCGCCUGCGCAGGCAUUACUCUAUAUGAUAGGUCUCUGGGAGAGUACCUAUCGAACUACUCCCCUCAGAGAAGGCAUUCAAGAUGUCGUGGGAGAGAAAUGGAGUAUGUUCGGAAGUGCGAUGGGAAGCAAAGUUCAGAGGAGGACCAGGGUGGCCUUGAUGACCGUCAAAAACUCUGGAAAGCAGGCUGCUGCGAUUACAAACUAUAGCCGCCCAUCCUUAGAUCAAAAUAACGACUUUGAGCGUGCGGAGGCUGAGGAAGCAGAGAUCAAGUGCUGGGAGGCUGGUUUAUGCACUUCCGCAGCGCCAUUUUAUUUUAAGCCGUUUAAAAAGGUGUCCGAAUCAGCAACAAUUUCAUAUCUUGACGGUGGAAUCCUCCAUAACAAUCCGAUCAGGUGGGCCGCGAAAGAACGAGACAAGAUAUGGCCCAGCGCAAAACUAGAUAUCCUUCUCUCUUUGGGAACUGGGUACUUCCCUAAUCGUGAACGUAUUCGUGAAACUUCAGUCUACGCUAAAUUCCCUUCGGCACAAGCGGUGGCUAACAGCUUCUUUUCCAUGGUUGAUUGCGAGAGUACUUGGUCGGACUUUCGGGAGGGGGCUGAGUAUGAUCCAGAGGUAUAUCAUCGACUUAAUCAUAGAUUCGAAGGAGCGUACUAUGCUCUUGACCACCACCAAGCGAUAAAGAUAUUGGUCAGAAUAUUCGAAGAAUCGUUGAAGGCAGGUUCAACAGAUCUCAACAGACAAUUGCAACAUAGCUCAGACCUCCUCAUUGCAAAGCUAUUUUUCUUCGAGCCUACUAGAAUAUGCGAAAUAUCAGACUCAUGUGCCUGCUGCAGAGAUGAGAAAAAGUACCGAGUGGAGGGCAAUAUUCUCUGUCGUUUGCCUAAGGAUUCACUAGAGUUGAAGAUUCUUGUCCGAAGAAUCGACAGCUUUAGUGCAAACGAUAUGCCGGCUGAAGUCGAAAGUGAGCGAAAGACGCAGAUCGGUCCCCUGAAUACCUUCAUCAAGGCAGUUCGAGACGGGGGGCGAUUUCAGAUACCCCAUAUCAUCACAGGAUUCGGUAGCAGUCAGCAGAGCAUAAAUGUGCGGAUGAAACGUGUCGGCAUGUCUGGGGAAGAUGGGUCUAUCCCAAUACCAAUCAGUGGUUUUCCAAGAAAGAUUAACGUGUUUGUCUUUGAGGCAGAGAAAGCCCAUCGUUACAAGUGGUUUGUGGAUUAG